AUGGACAUCGAUCAAAACAGCUCGGCCUGGACGACGACUGCCGCCUGUCUGGCCGUUGUCCUCUUCCUUUAUCUUGUCAGGCCGCGGUCAUCCUCAUGGGGCCACCCGCCCCUACCCCCUGGCCCGCCGGGUGAAUUUCUCCUUGGUCAUCUGCGUGUUAUUCCCAAAGAGAGAACCGCCGAGACGUAUGCCGAAUGGGCCAAGAAGUACAAGUCAGAUGUCAUCUAUGUCAAAUCCCUCGGGCAGCCCAUUAUUGUGCUCAACAGCGUCGAUGCUGCCAGGGAUCUUCUCGACCGGAGGGGGGCCAACUACUGCGACAGGCCCAGAUUCACCCUCUUUGAGGUGUAA